GUGACGUCGGACAAGGAACUAGCUGUCGUAUCCGGUCGACGGCAAGUGAUUAGCAAUGGAGAGAAAGAACUCGAACUACAACUUAUCCUAACAAGUACCUGGUGUAGGGAAAAAAAGCACCAUGUUUGUUUAUCAAUGAAGUCGAGCCGUGUUGGACUGAAAUGUCGCCUCAAAUGACUCUCAGAUGACUUUCUAGUGGCUUGGGCACCUGUGAAUUGAACUGUGCAUGUUUAUUACUGUAGGUAGACAUCAUUAACAUGAAUAACAAGUUAUUGUUAAGUAUGUUUUAUUACAUUACACUACACAUUAUUUACAUUACACGUUCAGUUCUGUAACACUAUAAACAAUUGACAAUGUCCCUGGGUGAACAAUCACAGAAGUGGUUUCCAACUCAUGUCCAAGCCACUGUUCUUCAAGCUGCGGGUUUACAGCCCAAAGGCAAAAAUGGCACUAAUGAUGCGUACACUAUCAUCCAGCUGGGGAAGGAAAAGUACUCAACAUCAGUGGCGGAGAAGACACUCAACCCUGUCUGGAAAGAAGAAGCUUCGUUUGAAUUACCAGGGUUACUUUUGGAGGGCAACCCGGAAGUGUACGAACUGUGCUUCAUUGUUAUGCAUCGGUCAUUGGUCGGGCUGGACAAGUUCCUCGGUCAGAGGACCAUCAAUCUCAAUGAAGCGUUUGACGACAAGGAAAAACAGAAAACUGACUGGUAUAUCCUGAACUCCAAGCCAUCAAAGAAAAAAAAAGAGCGAGGACGUAUCCAAGUCAACAUCAAGUUUAUGCGGAACAACAUGACAGCCAGUAUGUUUGACUUAUCCAUGAAGGAAAAGCCCCGCUCACCUUUCUCUAAACUUAGGGGGAAAAUGAAGGGUCGAAAACAUGACAGUGGUUUAGGUGACACUUCGUCAGCCAUUCUGCCUCACUCUGCAGUUUACAACUCCGAACUCAAUCAUCAGCCCACUGCCCCUACACCAAAAGCCAAAACUGAUACCAAGCCUAAGAAAUCGCUGCUCUCUGGUGCCCAUAAACUCUCUGCUGCCCAUUCCAUGUCAGAUCUCAUUGGUACCCACUCUCGCCCCAAACUGGACUCCAUGAACUCCAUAGAGGAAAGCGCUGGCCCUCACAGGCGUUCCCAGAGCGAGGUACCAGGCCUCGAAGACAACGAGGCACACGGUGACCCUUUCACUGAUAUCAGUGACACCCUGCCACAGAAGUAUGCCACGCUCCCACGCAACCGCAACCCUUUUGAGGGGGAGCAAGGGCAGCUGUGGGACCGGGCUGAGCGGAAAGAGAAAAAGGAGAAGGUCAGCCUACUAGAACGCAUGACUGGAAAGAAGGACGGCCGCAAGACUAGCAAUGGGGGUCGCUCUGGCAGCUCUGGAGACCCCAACCCUUUUAGUGGCAAUUCAAAAGUGCACACUAACCCUUUCAGCUCCACCUACAAAACAAGUGACAAAAAGGCAGUUGGAAAUGAAGUCAUAACCCCAGGCCAAAGGAGCAGCAACAUCGACGGCAUGAAAAAUGCAGCAACACAAGGAAAUAUGGCACCCUAUAGAAACAUGUCUUUUGAGGAAGUGGUGCAGGAACUUAUCAAGCAUAAAGAAGUGGUAAAAAAGAAAGAUGCCCAUAUCAGGGAGCUGGAAGAUUACAUAGAUGACCUGCUGGUACGUGUCAUGGAGGAGACGCCAAGCAUACUGCGAACACCCUAUGAACCCAAGAAAAAGGCUGGUAAACUGGCACAGAGGAGCCCUGCUGGAAUGCUGCUAAGCUGCAGAUGUACCAGCCAAAUGACUCCAGAGGGGGAAUUACCAGGCCAUAAAUCCAGACGUCACGAAGACGACUGUAGCCUAUUUCACGAAGACGUUUCGCCGCUCAUCCGAGUAGGCUUCGUCAAUUUGUGCUGAGAGACUGUCAUAACGUGGACUGUGGGGUGUUUGUUUUCCCGGAAUGCAAAGGAAAGUUGGAGCGGGCAAGGCAUGAAGGUAAGGACAUAUUUUAUUAUUACUAUAAAAAAAGGAACAAAAGGCGCGCACAAGGCGGAAGUACAAACUCUUGGCUAAUGAAACAAAAACUUGCACAAAGGCAGAAACUAUGAACAUGAAGCAAAACUUGUUAACUGUGACAUGAAAAAACAAAACUUACGUGGCAUGGCAAGAAGCAUAACUAGGAACAGGCAUGAGUAUCAGAAGUAGCAUAGCAUGAAGUGAGCAGAGGUAAUGUCGCCAGGCUGACUUCCUGGCAACUAUCGGUUUAAAUAAUAGUGACAUGAUUAGUGAAAACCGGUGCGUGACUCAAAAUGUGAAACAGGUGAAACUAAUGGUUGCUAUGGUGACAAAACAAGAGAGUGAAAAAGCAGGAACUAAGUGUCCAAAAACCAAACAGAACAUGACUUAAACAAAACAUGAUCACAGACAUG